UUGUCAAUUAGUUAGGUUAGGUUAGCAUAUAAUAGGAAUUGCUCGUGCCAGCGCAAAAGGCAAAUACGACGGGAAUAAAUAAUUAUACAAAAUAGCGAAAACUUCAAAGUUCGCGCGUUCUCGUGGCCGGAAUCAGCGGCAACGGCGAGGAUAGAGAAAUUAGCAAGAAACAGAGGAAUUUCAAAUGAAAGGAAAAAAAGAAAGAAAAAAAAAAAUACGAAAAGAAAAAGAUUCUAAAUCGAAGUUUCCUCGAUUCCCAUAAAAGUCCUGGCAAUGGACGUUUUCUCUCGCGGAAGGAUUUCUUUUGGGCGUUAAUGAAAAAGAAAAAAAUGAUUGACGAAUUGAUACGUGAUUAUGGAAAUAUACCGUAGAAAAACAAUGGACAUCAUCCUUUAAUAUAAGGAUGAGAGAAAAAUAAUCAUUAUUAAAAAGUAUUUACGUCGGUGAAAGCAGAACGUCGAUUUGAUUGGCUUCUCACAAAUUCCUGUUAAUACGAAACAACGAUGGCCAGCCCGAACAAUUCUUCGGGACGAGAGCAACGGGCGUUUUAUGCAUUUUACGUCAUUUCGCGGUUGAAAUUACGUAAAGCUGUGUAUCCUAUUAGAAAAGGAUCUUGAAGGAUUCACGGGCUUCCAGGAAGUUGCCAAAUCUACGGAUACCAGCGUGGCCAACGCACAACGUGUUUAUUAGCUGUUCAUCCUAUUGCAGUGGUGAUUUUCAAAGAUUUUACAAAAAAAAAAAAACAAUUUUACGCUCUGCUACUUUCCUUCGAGACCGCGAAAUUCCAAUUGCGCGAUCGACCGACCAAUUGAUCCUCAAGAUCACUGAUAACCCAUUGUUCAGGUGAAUCGACCAUAUAGCGACCUCCCUGUAUUUCUGUCGUAUUAAAGUGCCCCCCGGAUCUUGCUGUUACUUCGACAAUUUUCCGGCUAUUUUUUAGUUUGAUUUUGCAGCAACCGGGCGAUGUGCAGGCUGCGUCAGACCUGCGGACGCGGUGCUGUGUUCGCCAGACCGUUUUAGACUGGACAGCCAGGAUAACCUUUCUCGUAUGAUUUAUCCGUUGGCCAAUCCGGCUAACUAUAGUAGUGCAGUUGCCGGUUCUGAGAGUUCUCUUCGUGUGUGGAUUGUGGCGAAACUUUGUGCGCUUCCUAGUCGUGCUGAAUCGUUACGAGCGCCAGUGAAAUUUUCCGAUAGAGUCGAGCGACGUGAUGGCGGAUCCUUUCAGCAGUUUCGGCAGUUCAGGAUGCUGCCAAUGUAAGUUCGAAGACACGUCGUACAUGGGAACAGCGUGUGGCAGUUUGCCGGCCUUCAUGAUGCUGGUUCAGAGCCUGAUGAUGGCGAGGUGCGACAUUUCCGAUCCUUGUCGUCGACUGGGCAGGAAUGAGCUGCCAGAAGGCGAGUGGUACGACUUCAUAAUCGUCGGCGCUGGGGUGGCAGGACCGGUUCUGGCUAGAAGGCUGAGCGACAAUCCCUGGUGGAAGGUACUGCUGGUGGAAGCUGGUCCCGAGGAACCAACGAUGACCGCCCUACCAGGGAUCGCGUUCAAUGCAGUCAACACGGCACUGGACUGGAAGUACCUCACCGAACCCACGCAACCUCAUCCUACAGCCUGUCUGGAGAGCGCCGGGGUGUGUUCCUGGCCAAGAGGUAAGAUGGUGUCGGGGACCGGUGGCCUCUACGGGAUGAUGUACGUCCGAGGUCAUCCUGAGGUUUACAACAAGUGGGCGCGCAUGGGAAACGUCGGUUGGUCCUACAACGAGAUAGAGCAUUACUUCGAACGCGCGGAGAAUCCAAAGAGUGCGGAAAUGGUGCGAAGUAGCAAGUUCGCAAGGACCAGGGAAGGUGGUCCCGUGUACAUCGACCACUUCCCACAUAAGCCAGACUUCUCGGAGGAUCUGCUGAGCGCCGCCAAGGAGCUUGGUCACAGGACCGGGUGGCUGAACGGAUACAACCAGACUGGCUUCAUGGUGGCACCGAUGAUGACCCAGCAUGGUCUACGUGGAACCACGUCGAGAUUCUACUUGCGACCAGUAGCCUACAGGAAGAAUCUUCGGGUCUUGACGAAUGCCCACGUGAGCAAGGUCCUGGUGAACAAGUGGACCAGCGUUGCCUACGGGAUUGAGUUCAUCGACAAGACCGGAAGAAAGCGGGUUGUCAAGUGCGACAAGGAAGUCAUCCUCACGGCGGGAGCCAUAGGGUCCCCGCAGAUCCUCAUGCAGUCGGGAGUAGGGCCCAAGGAACAUUUAACCAAAGUCGGGAUCAGAACUAUAAAGGACCUUCCCGUAGGUGGGAAUCUUCACAAUCACGUGUCCGUUGGGAUCCGGAUGAGCAUCAACGACACGCCCUACGAGACCUUCACCUUGGACUCCGUGAACGAGUUUCUGGAGAACAGGACUGGCUCCAUAGCCAGCACCGGGCUGACCCAGGUCACGGCAUUUCUAGAGAGUAGCUAUUCCGCCAUGGGAGUGCCGGAUCUCCAGGUCUUCUUCGACGGUUUCAGUUCCAAGUGUCCCAGGACGGGUAUUCCUACCGAGUGUCCGGACGGGGUCCUUGGUGCCUGCCCCACCAGAAGAGAAAUAGUGGCAAGGCCCACCGUCGUCGUCACCGAGACUCGCGGAUACAUGAAACUUCGAUCUGCGGAUCCCCUUGAUCCUCCUCUCCUUUAUCCAAAUUACUUCCAGAGUGACAAGGAUAUAAAGAUUUUGGUCCAGGGCAUCAAAGCUGUCGUACGUCUGACCCAGACAACGGCCAUGAAGAAAUGGGACUUGCAACUGGACACGAAGCCUCAUCCAUGGUGUCUCGGAUAUCACUUUGGGACUGAUGCUUAUUGGGAAUGUCUGAUCCGGGUCCAAACGGGCCCCGAGAAUCAUCAGUCUGGCACUUGUAAGAUGGGACCAGUGGGUGACCCGAGCGCAGUCGUAGAUCCGCAGCUACGAGUUCACGGUGUAACGAACGUUCGCGUGGCUGAUGCUUCGAUAUUUCCUAUAGUCCCGAAUUCUAAUCCCGUGGCGGCCAUCAUUAUGGUCGCGGAAAAGGCCGCGGACCUGAUUCACGACGCGUGGAACUACGAGUAACGUAAUAAGACUGGAGUAACUUUUAUAAAUCCGAUUAAAUAAAAUGCCAGAAAUUUUCUUACGAAAA